AUAACAAGCGAUGAGGUCGGCGACGCGUUUGGCUCCUGGCCCAUUGGGUUCGUUAGGUGCAUAACAGCUCGCACCGCGAUAUUCCGACCAUAUCCGCCUCCACCUGACAGACCGUCGCAUUCGCUUUGCAAACACAAACAAACAGCUAUGAUGCUUAAGCGCAUGGCAGAUGAACUUGUGGCAGCGGCAUGGCAAGGCCCGCAUCGCAGCAGCGGGGGCGCUCACAUCGCAACGCCGGCCCAAGACAUCACACUGAGGAGCAUAGGCUCGCCUGGACAAGGCCUCAGGGGUCUGCAGGCCUGGCGCCCUUCAAAUUGUACAAGCAAGACUGCUCGCUGUACAACUACCGCGCUGUCAGGCGCCUUCCCCCAGCCCACACCAGUUGGUCCUCGUCGUAGGAACCGGGCACUGGCUGCGAGCGCCGCGGCCGGGAGGCAGCAAUGGUGGUGAUGGGCGGGAGGCGAGCGCGGCGCCGCAUCGUGUCCAUCACGUCCACAGCGUGCUGCGUGUCCCGGCAGGCACCCUGCGGGCAUCGGCAUCAUCACAGCCGCCAGGACGUUGCGCUUUACGGAUGGGGUGGAGGCGGCGGGUACGCGGCACGGCGUGGUGGGACGAGGGCCUUGGGCUUGGGCUUGGGCUCGGGCUCGGGCUCGGGCUUCAGCUUGGAGCUGGCGCAGCGGCCGGGGGCGCUGAGCAUGGGGCGAGGAGGCGUCACCAAGGAAAUGACGAUGACGUAUGAGAACGGCGUGAUGAUGAUGUCUGCUGAUGCUACAGCUGGCGGUGCUGCAACGGCUGUGGACCAUCGGUCAAGCUUGCGUGAGCGUGCCGGAGGGGCGGCGCAAGCUCGGGCGGCGCAGGCGGCGCAGGCGGUGCAGGCGGCGGCGGCCCCUGCGCCUGCAGGCCCCAGCCACCCGCUGGCGGCCAAGGAGGCGGCAGCCGCGCCCUACGCGGCCCCGGCGGCCACGGAGGCAGCAAGCGUGACAGGCCCCAGCCACCCAAGCGUGCCAGGUGCGGCUCCGGCGGCGGCCACGGACGCGGCAGCCGCGCCCUACACGGCCCCGGCCCCUGCACCUGCACCUUCGCCUGCACCUGCGGCAGGCCCCAGCCACCCAAGCGUGCCAGGUGCGGCCCCGGCGGCGGCCACGGACGCGGCAGCCACGCCUGACACGGCUCCGGCGGCCACGGAGGCAGCAAGCGUGCCCGACACGGCCCCGGCCCCAGCCCUUGCACCUGCACCAGAACCCGCGCCUGCAGCUGCGGCAGGCCACAGCCACCCGCUGGCGGCCAUGGUUGGGGUAAGCAUGCCAGGUGCGGCCCCGGCGGCCGCGGAGGCAGCAGACGCGGCAGGAGAUGCAGCAGCGGAGGACAAAGUGGACAGCGAUGACGAGACGGUCAAUUACUUGAAAUCCCCUUCUCCUCCUAUCAUAGCUGAUCUUUGGGCCCUGUUUGCAGAGGGGCCCCUUGACCUUAAUGUGGCAGCGGAUGAGCAGAACUUUGCGAAAUGGCUGAAAGUGCAACAGCAGCAGGCGGAGGGCCUGCAGCAGCACGCGCCCAGGGGCCAGGAGGGCGGCGCCGGGUCCGAGGCAGGGGCCCUGCAGCAGCACGCGCCCAGGGGCCAGGAGGGCGGCGCCGGGUCCGAGGCAGGGGCCCCGCAGCAGCACGCGCCCAGGGGCCAGGAGGGCGGCGCCGGGUCCGAGGCGGGGGCCCCGCAGCAGCACGCGGCCAUGGGCCAGGAGGGCGGCGCCGGGUCCGAGGCGGGGGCCCCGCAGCAGCACGCGGCCAUGGGCCAGGAGGGCGGCGCCGGGUCCGAGGCGGGGGCCCCGCAGCAGCACGCGGCCAUGGGCCAGGGGCCAGGGGUCGGCAACGUGACAGCGGUGGAUGUGGCGGUGCAGGCAAGUGCAGGGGUGAACGCAGCGGACCCCCGCGCAGACCGUCCGGUGCAGGGGGGCGCUGAGGCCAGGGCCGCGUGCCUGCUGUGCGGAGACGAUGGCGGGAAGAUGAUCACAUGUCCAGCAGGCCACACGGUUCACUCCGAAUGUUGCGAAGAACAGUACAUUGCCAAUGGCAGCGUCCACCUCUGCGUGGAGGGCUGCCCGUCCGGCCACCACUUCCCGGCUGCCCAGCUGCACAUCAUGAUCGAGAACAUGUUGGCAGUCAUCAUCAACGCGUUUAAGGUCGUGCACGACCCGGUGCGCAGCUCCUUGUGCCUUGCGCAAGCGGCAGAGGUGGUGCUGAACUGCGUGCUGAAGCAUGGGUCCAACGAGCAUGGAAGGAACGGCAAGCCGUUCUUGGAGAUUGUAAAGGGCCUGGUGGAUGCAUACAAAGAGGCGGCAGCGGCGGGCACGGGCGGGGCAGUGGCGGUCACGGGCGGGGCAGCGGCGGGCACGGGCGGGGCAGCGGCGGGCACGGGCGGGGCAGCGGCGGUGAAGUGCGAGUUGUGCACGUUGGCGCACACGCGCUCCACCGACAUGUGCGAAGUGUGCAGGAAGCCCAUUUCCGAGGAGCCACCCGUCCGCACAGACAGCGCGGCCAGCGCAGGUACCUCGGGGAAGGUGAAGGCGCAGGCGCAGGUGAGGGGUGGCAAGUCGAAGGCUCACUACGUCAGCUGCGCUGAAAACCAUUUCUAUCACCGCGAGUGCGUACCGAAGCACUACACGUACAACGGCUACGCGUUCAUGUGCAAGAAGGGCUGCCCGGCCGGCCGCCGCUUUUCGUCGCACAGCAUGGGUGAGCUGGCGAAGCCGGACAUGGUGAGCAUCUGCCACAUGGUCAAGCACCUGCAAGACCCCAUCGUCGCUGCGCAGUGCAUGGCAACUCUUGGGCAGGUGGUCAUGCACGCCAUCCUGGACGUGCACAACAAUGUGGUGCCCACGCACAAGGCCGUGCGACCCUUCACCGCAAUGCUGGACCGCUGGGUUGCGGCGGUGAAGGCGGUGACGGCGGCGCAGGCGGAGCACGAGGCGGCAGCGCCCGCGGAGCACGAGGCGGCAGCGCAGGCAGAGCAGAAGGCGGAGCAGGAGGCGGCAACGCCGGCGGGUGGUGGCGGGGCAGGUCCCAGCGGUGCGUUCGGCAGAAUGACCUGGGAAAGGCCCGAGCACGCAGACGACAAGGGCAAGGGCCCCGCCUGGCAAGAGGUAUGCAGACCGUAGUCAGCGUCGGGUGCAUGGCCAACCCCGCGUAAUGGGCGCAGGUUGCGGCCUGCCUGCCCCGCAGCACAUGGCCGUGCCCAUGGCACGGUGUGGCGGGUUGGUGCAUGGUCGUUGCGGCUUGCGGUUGCGGUGUGUUCAGACACACCUGCGCGGCUGUGUUUUGCAGGUGUGAUGAUGGAUGCAGGGUCCUGAUGUGUUGCGUUGUUGCGCACGUGCGGGAGGGAGGAGCAUGGAUACAGGGGGGCGCAUCGGGUUUGCAAAGCAGGGGGGGGGGGAGAGGGUGCAAGUGGGGCGAUGUGGAGCGCAUGGAACGGCAUGGAGUCAGGGGCCUGGGUUUGGGUGGGGUGAGGGGGGGGGUAAGGGAGGGCUGGGGUGCAAGCCAGGGGUGUACGCUGAAGGUGCCAGGGUGGCGACGAUGACCAUGUUGGACUGCGGGCGGUGGCAUGGGGUUUGGCAUGUGGUGGCUGCGUGGUGUCAAGUAAGCAGCGAGGUAGCGGGCGCUUGGCGUGCGGACGGUGCUAUUAGCAACCCGGCACACUGUCUGGCCGGUUGCUUGCAUGGGCGCAGGGAUGCAGGGUCCCGGUGUGUUGCGUUGGUGCGCACGCGCGGGAGGUAGGAGCAUGGAUAUGGGGGGCGCAUCCGGUUCCCAAAGCGGCAUGUUGCAAUCGGUGCAACGUGAGAAGGGAUGAGGGCGGGAUGGGGCGGGAGCACGGGACUUCUGUGCGCUGCAACCCCAAGUGACUUGGACGGCAUGGAGCGGCAUGGAUUCAGGGGCCAGGGUUCGAGGGGGCUGCACCGCAGCGCGGCAACGUUUGUGGGGUGUGGUCCAGGGCUUUGGCGGUCGGGUCCGCGGCGAGGUAGUGGCAGCUUGGGACGCGGAAUGCGACCGUCCUUCAUUGCAGCAGUGCUUGCGUGCUUGCACGUGCCGCACCAUUCUUACCAUUCUUGGUGGGCGCACGGGCUGGGCCCGAUGGCAGGGCCCGCUGUGCACCUGAUCUUUGGCGGCAUGGCGGCACGUGUGGAAUCAUCAGAAAGCCUUUGUAGCGUUGCACUUUGCAGUGUACUGGCAGCAGUCUGGCAGCAGUUGACGAAGUGGCACCUUGAGUCAAGCCACAAUUCGGUCCUUUGCAGCACGUGUAUUGGGGCUUGCAAGGUUACGGACAGGACUCACGGAGCCCGUCACGGUUCGGUAGAGCAGCCCGGGCCCAGCUCUGAACCCCUAAACC